AUGCUUCGAUUCUUGAUUGGAUUUCUCUUCCUUGUCACCGUUUCAGCUAAUUGCAAUGCGAAUUCGUUGGCGAUUCUCAAUCAUUGCUACUCUAACUUUCUCAGCUUUUAUGGUUUCAACUUUCAAGGUACUCUUCCAGCUUAUUGGGAAAUGCACGAAGCACGAGGUCGAGUCAUUCGAAAUCAAGGAAUUACAAUUCAACCGAAAAUCUGCAAUGUAGCCACUUCACUUUAUGAUUGCACAAGUGGGACACAUUUCGAUUACACUUGCUUGAUGAGUAUGGGAGUAAACGCCUCAGAUGCUCAAGAUUACUUCACAGAUCGGGCAGUUGGCGAAUAUCAAUGCACUACCGGAUAUUCAACGCUAAUGUCUCAAUGGGCUUGUAUGGGUGAUGUUCGAGAUUCUGGACGGCCAGAGUUGCAGGCUUGUACCGAUGCAUUGAACGCAGCGAUUGCUAAAGGUGGAAACGUUUGCCCUGCUGUCAACGUCUAUCUUACUUGCCAAUCACCAUACUAUGAGGCAGCAUGUGGCUAUAAUGCUGGAGUAUUCAUUUGUGGGUCGAAUCGAGCCGGAGUUCUUUCCAACAAUGAAGUUUGUCAAUGGUUGGGAGUCCUCGAUGAGUGUCCUCCUUACAAA